UGGGGAGGCAGCAUGAGGAGACAGCAGCAAACGGAGCCUAUUAGAGAGGAAGAAGAGCCACAGCAGCCACAGUCAUGAGCUCCUCGGUGCGCACAGUGUUGAACCGCUGAUUUGUAUUUUUGUACACGUUUUUCCAGCACACACGGUUAAAUUCUCCUCUGUUUUUUUUUUUUUUUUUUUUUUGCCAUGUUUUAUUGAGCGGAGCAUGUCAAAGGCUGCGCCAGUGCUCGUUUCUGCUGGAGCUCUGUUCCUUUUCGGAGGAUUCAUCAUCACCAUCAUCACCUCGGGGAAACUCCACGGAGCCAUCGCGUCUCGUCAGUGAAGCCUUUUUGGUUCUGAACGCAAAGCAGAGCGGACAGAUCACCGUUAGAUUAUAAGGAGGAGGUGAAGGAGCCGACAGGAGACGAUGCUGCUCAUCCCGACCGUCCGUGGAGGCUCUGAGCGGCUCCGGGAGCUCGACUGUCGGAUCUUUACGCGCUGAGAGGAGCCUGUCAAGUGAAUCACGCUUCGAGACUGAACUGAUUGACUGAUCAGAGGGGAGGAAGGAAGAGAGGAGGAGAGGACGGGGGAGGCGUGUGGAUGUGAGACCAAUUUUUUAUUUUUAAAGAAAAGAAAAGAUCGACAUCUGGAUCUGCUGGUUGGUUCGAGAGGAGAAGGAAGGACGCGUAACUGGACCUUUCACUGGACCUUUUGGACAUUUGUUGCAGGAGGAUUUUUAAAUUACAUUCUUUUUGUGCAAUUAUUUCUUUUCCUGCUCUAUCCCCGCAAAUAAAGGAGAAUCCAGAGGAGAGAGGAUACCAGGUUGACACAGGAGGGGUUGGGGGGUGGGAGAGAAAAAAUGCUGCCAUCGCAGGAAGCCUCCAAAAUCUACCAUGACAACUACAUGCGCAACUCCCGGGCCAUCGGGGUCCUGUGGGCCAUUUUCACCAUCUGCUUGGCCAUCAUCAACGUGGUGGUCUUCAUCCAGCCGUACUGGAUUGGCGACAGUGUCAGCACGCCCCAAGCCGGAUACUUCGGCUUGUUCCACUACUGCGUGGGCAACGGCAACUCCAAUCGGGAGCUCUUGUGCCAGGGCAGCUUCUCCGACUUCGCCUCCAUCCCAUCGGGAGCCUUCAAGGCUGCGUCCGUCUUCGUGCUCAUGUCCAUGGUGCUCAUCCUCUCCUGCAUCGGCUUCUUCGCGCUCUUCUUCUUCUGCAACACCGCCACGGUCUACAAGACCUGCGCCUGGAUGCAGCUGCUAUGCGCCGUUUGUCUGGUCCUCGGCUGUGUGAUCUUCCCCAACGGCUGGGAUGCUGAGGUGAUCCGGGACAUGUGCGGCGAGGACACGGCCAGGUACGCUCUGGGAAACUGCUCGGUGCGCUGGGCCUACAUCCUGGCCAUCAUCGGCAUCCUGGACGCACUGAUUCUCUCCUUUCUGGCCUUCGUGUUGGGAAACCGGCAGAGCGACUUCCUCCAGGAGGAGCUGAGGGCUGAAAACAAAGAUUUCGUUGUGUCGCGGCUCCAUCUUGGUCCUUCUCUGCGAAUGGAUGGAAUUGAGAUCCGGGACACCAAGGACCCAAGAUAUACCCUCCAGCGGUUCCACUGAGAACCAGACUUCCUCUUCUAGCUCCCUCCUUCCUCCCUUUUCCUCGCUCCAUCCUGCUCCUCCUCCUCGUCUCUCCUAAACUCUUCAGGUUAAAAUCUUUAUAUCUGGGCUUCGAGGCCGUAACUCAGCAGUUUGUAAAACAAGAACUGAAGUGGGAUCAUCUGACGAAGCUGUUGAAGAGAAACCGAGAGGAAGAAGGGCGAUCAGCUUUAUCAAACUCUGGGAUAAAAUCACUCAAACACACAGUGUCUCAUAAGGAAGUUAUUGAUAAUGAUAAUAAAGCUCGUAGUGGGAGUAUAUUAUGAAAAAAUACAUAUUUUUAUCAAGUAGGAAAAAGCAAUUUCCAGCUUUAAAAGCAACAUUAUUACGUGCGUAUAUAAAAGCACAAAGGUGCUACUUGAGACAGAAAAAUAAGGAAAUUUUGUACAGCCACAGUGUAAUUUUAAAGUCUUUUUCAAGCCACUUUUAAACUUCUCUUUGUAUAUGACAAGGUCUGAUCCCAGGAAUUAAAAAAAGAAAUGAGAUGUUUCUAUGGAAACAGGGUAAAUACACUCAUUUAAGCAUUUGUUGCACCCAUUCAUGAAACAUCCCUGUGAGCUGUGGAAUAUUUAAACCUGUUAACAUCGUCAAAUCAUGAAAAAAAAAAAGUGUGGAUUGUCCUUAAACCUUGUAUGUCCUCCUUCAGUCCACAUUGUACCGAGAAACAAGAGUAAAAUCCAUUCAGUCACAUGUCAAUUUUUUUCUUUUUCCUCCUGUUCUGGUGGCUCUCAGCUCUGCUCUGGGUUUUAUCUGUACGUCUGUCACCAGGAAAGGCCCUGCAUGCUGCAUCUGUCUCAGGCUUGUAUUGACAGUUCUUCCUCUACAAGCUCAGUGGGGCUUCGACUCCGUUAAGUCUGACGGGCAGUUUGCUGCACUAUCCAACCCACCAGCUGAGGAGCUGAGAGGACGAACCAGCACAGAUUCACAUCGAGAAAACAGACAUUACCGGCUCUGAUUCCACACAGAACCCUUCUAUGGACUGAAAAUACUGCUUUAAAGUACAUAUAGCGGUUAUUCCACCUCAUCUCACUGUAUACCCCUCACCUGACCAUCUUCAAUUUGAAAAAAAAAAAAAGGUAAAUAUUGAUAGAGUUGAACAUGUGUGAAAUCUGGGGUCAAAAUUCUUAAAGAAGGUGGGUUCAUGUCGACUUUUGUGCCAUUUUCUUCGCAUCAAUCUGUGGAUUAACAUUUGAAGUGCCAUAACUUCAGAAAUAAUGUAGCGAGAGUUCUGUAAUUUUGUAUUAUUGCCACCAACUUUCCCAACACAGUGUUUCUAUGUGACUAACUCUUUGCAAACAAGGCUAUAAUAAAUUCAUGCAGAUCUUAGACACAUUGCUUAUGGUACCACUUUUUGCAAAAUUAUUUGAAGCACUAUGAGUUGGAAAACUAUGAUUUUUCUUUUAGCCCUGUAACAAUAUUAUCUAACUCUUCCAGUUGGGACCAUUAUUGGAGAGGUUUCACCAUCACCACUGCGCAGUGCAUGUUCAAAUAUUGACCAUAGAUGCAAAAAAAAAAUGUAGGUUUUAAAGUUCCUAUUGGUGACAAUCACUGGAAAAAAUCUGCCUUUUAGGGCGAAAAAAUAAAGGCUUUAUGGUUUGUGGAAUAUUCAAGUAGAAAAAAACAUCAAAGACAUUUUUUGAUCAAAUUUGCACCAUCUUAUAACUAGUUUAUAUUAUUCUAUCAAAGCAGGGUUGUACCAUUGAAGACCACAACAUCACAACAUCACAUUAUUUUUCAAGUUAUGGCACUUCAAACGUUGAUCCACGGAUUAGAAAAUGCCGCAAAAGUUGGUAUGACUGCGCUUUCUCUUCAAAAAGUAAUGUUCCCUGUGAGUCCAGAUUUUAUACAUGUUUUAUUUAAUAACAUAUGUAUGCACAGAAGAAAAGUCAAACAAAUAUGAGGCAGUCAGGUGUAAAGUUUUUAUAAAAUUUGGUGACUUGAGGUGGAAAAAUCCACGUCUGAACUCGACAUGUUUAUUGGAAGGCACAACUGGAUGCAGGAGUCGAAGGAACGCAAGACAAACCCACAAUAUCAUCAUUUUAUUUUACCAUAGCAGAUUUAAAUGCUCUUUUCUCGACCCACCUUGUGUUCUGAAAACACAUUUUGAAGGCAAAAUGGGCAUCUGACAUUCGGUUGUACAACAGCGGACAAAGACGGUCAACUGCAGAAAAAAACUUGUCAAAAAGAGUUUGAAGUUUGAAAGCUCUGUGGCUCCAAAUGGUUCAGCAUGUAUCUUCUGUAAAACCUUGGAUUUGGUGUCAGACACACAGAGGUACAAAAUUAAAGAAAGCAUCACUAAAUUAACCUCCUAAAGGAAUCCCAGAGCAAAAAAAAUCUGUUGUUGGGUCCCCAUUGACCCCAAUAUACCUGAUACAUGAGCAUUAUUUCUUCAAGACUUCUCAGAGUUACCAGUCAGUGUAAAAUCAGCAAAGUGCUUCUUCUUUUUCUUCCCACUUUAGUCUGAAUGCUGUGUUACUGUCACUAUUUGUUUUGACAGUAAUAUGACAGCAUUUCUACAAAUAUAUGUUUUUCCCUGAACAGUUUGGAGUAGAAAAUGGUCAUUUUAGUCUGGUUAGAGGCCAAAAAUAGAGGAAAACAGAGCUCAAAGCCUGAAACAAACACUUGAAAAGUGUACAGUACAACAUGCACUCAGGUUUCCAUCCAAAUUACAUUAAAAUUAAAAAAAAAAAAAAAAAAGUUUCUAUCAACUAGUAUGCAGUAAAUAUUAGGAGUUAGGUGCAGAUUAUCAGAGCUAAUUCUCUUUGUAAACCUCUGUAGAAGAACCACAAGCAAAUGUAAUCUGAGUUUUGUACCCCCCACAAGACGUUAAGAGGAGGUGAAAUAAUUAAAAAUACAUUUAUUACUGAAAUUGACAGUGACAGUUAAAGCUCAAGAGAUGCUCAGAACCUGUUUGGUUUAUCUAUAAUGUGAGGAAGGUUACAGUCUCCUCAUCACGAUUUACUCACUACGUCUGUUUUCAUUUGCACUUUGUCACAUUUUGAUUUUACUUUUCUCUUGAGCCAAGUGUGGCAAAUGUAUUUUGAAUUGCUAGUGUUUCCACUCACCUAUUUUUUUUAAUUGCAGAUUUAAAAUAUGCAUAAUAAUAGGUACUAAUUUCAUAAAAUAAUAUGAUUUUUGCAGCUCCACUAGUCUGUUUUUACGAGGAAGAAUAAAUAACUGCACAAAGCAGAACUGGACUGGACUUUGGUUGGAACCAUUAUUUUCUUGAUUAUUGCUGAGGAUUUUGUCAGCAGGACGGUUUUUAUUGGUGGGAUCUUUGGUGCAAACGAUGACAUUUAAGCUUCAUCAGCAGCAAUGACUCACACGUCACGGCUGAGCAGACUUAAUGCAAAAAAAAACAGCUUUCUCUUUCUUUGUUAUUUGACCUUCUCCUUCAGAUGUUGGCGUUUCUUGCUCUACUCUCAUCCAGUUGUGCCUGAUUAAAACGAUCCCUGACUCUCUCUUUCAGUGCUUCUUUUGUAAAUGGUUUUAUGUUCAUGUGCUGCUCUUGUGGUGAUGUUAUUUUUGAUGAUUAUGGGAUGCUGGGAUGUUUCUCAUUGUUGAAAAAGGAAAUGCUUAGAAGGACUGGCAGCCGGUGUCAUAAACCACUUUACCACCAUCGGUGUUGUUGUUUUAACAAGAAAAUGAAUAAACUGAUUGACUAUCAAUAUCAUUUGAACUUUUUUUUUAUUCAGCCUUUUUAGUUUCUAUCGUUGCUUAAACAGAAGUGUCUUUCAUCAUAUGCAAAGUUCAUCUUUUAAAUAAAAUCCAUUGGAGAGCUG